GAAUAUGGGCACAUAUUUUCACCUCCUGAAUCCUGUUGAUCUGUUCAGUUAUGAAAAUGCUUGAAUGAUGAAAAACAGCACUUUUGGGGAUCAUUGUUUCCUUGUGCGCGGCUCGUGCCUGAUCUCGCGCCUCGGCAGCCUGUUGUCUGUGUCCGCGGAGAAAAGCACAACUUUGCCGCGAGGAGCUGGACCUGGAGCUGCUUUGAGCGGCGCACCAGGGCCACACGUGGGGCGCCAGGAGGGGGACCUGCGGAGCGGCCACGGUGUUCGGCCGGUCUGCGGAUUGACGGCGCAUUCGGCGCAGCUGUGGAGCGGAGACGAUGAAGACGGUGGUGAUGACGAUGAUGAAUGGGCCGACAGCUCGUGCAGUCUCUGGGAUUCCGCUGUCCUUAUGUUUACUAAUGUGCGCUCUCAUCUUCCUCCCGCCGCGCGCUCACUCUCACCCGCAGCCGUGCCAGGUGCUGAAAAGAAUCGGCCACACGGUUCGGGUCGGGGCUUUGCAUGUUCAGCCUCGCUUGUUGUCUGCCGGCUCUGAGGACCGGGAGAGCGAUGGAGGAUUGACGGGGAGUGGGGAGCGGAGGGCGAAGUUGGAAAAGCAGGUAAAAUUAAGUGCCAGUGCGUUUGGAUACGGGAGCCUCAGGACUAGAGGCUCCACUCAGAACCAGCGGGGAGCCAACAGGAGUAAGAGCCAAGCACGGCAGCGGGAGGAGAACCUCUCAAAGGAGACCCGGGUGUUUGCGCCCCGGGACUCGGUUCUGCUCGCUGUCGAGGCUCUGAACCGGGCCGGAUUACUACCCUACAAUUUGUCUUUGGAGCUGGUCAUGGCUGUGGGAUCGGGACUCGGAGAACUGCCCGCGUUUUCCUUCUCCUCAGACACGGACAGCCCCGAGGAUGAGGACCCGCUGUCCUUCUUGGAGAGCGUGUGUCACACCGUGGUGGUGCAGGGGGUUUCCGCCAUGAUCGCCUUUCCACGGAACCGGGACGAGUUUGUCAAGUCGGAUUUCGUCUCUCUGGCGCUUCGUGUGCCAGUCGUUAGUCUGGUGCAGAGGGAGUUUACGCGCCAAAGUGAGAAUCCGCUCCACUUCCAAAUGGCGAUGCAGAGCGUGGAGGCCCUGCCGUCCCGUCUCCUCAGCUCCCUACUGAUGAUGAAUGGCUGGUGGGACAUCAGUGUCCUGCUCUGCCAGGAAUGGGACAUUAGCCACUUCCUCUUCCUCAUCAAGAACAACACCCGCUUCCACCUGGGAACUCUCGUCAACCUAACAACCGCCGCUUCCACUUUAUCGCCGUCUCCAUCUUCACCGUCAUCCCCCGGGUUGGCGUCUGGUGUCGCGACGGGAGAGGAGGAUUUGUCUUUAUCGUCACCUCUGCCCAACUUUUCCUCCGCUGCUGCCUCGUCCCCCACAAAGUUAGACCAGCAGGAAGUUAUAAUGCGGCAGCUGGAGGCCCUGAGAGAACCGUCGACCACGACAGGGGUGGUGACAUUUGGGUGCGAUAUACGGCAGGUGCGCCGGCUGUGGACGCUCGCCACUCGGAUGACGCUUCCAGAGUUUCACUGGGUUUUGGGGGACAGUCAGAAUGUGGUGGAGCUAAGAACAGAAGGGUUGCCCCUGGGGCUUCUGGCCCACGGGGUGAUGGGGUCGCCGACUCAGGAUAACUACGUGCACGACUCCCUGCAGCUGGUGGCGCGGGCGGUGGGCAGUGCUGCCCUGGAGAACCCCGCCUUGGCUCUCAUACCGGGGACGACCAACUGUAUGGACGUGCAGGAGAACAACGGGAGCUCCGCGGAAUAUCUGUCAAGAUUUCUGUCCAACACAUCAUUUGAAGGCCACAGCGGCUUCAUAUCCACAGAGAGCCACAGCCAGAACAUCAUCUCAGAGGCGCAUCAUUACAUCUGGUCGCUCCAGCUGGACCCUCUAGGCCAGCCAACCUGGACCCGCCUGGGACGCUGGCGCAGGGGCAAAGUUCUGAUGGACCAAAGGGCCUGGCCAAACCAUUCAGGUUCUGGAAGCGGCGGCGACUGGCGCCGAUCCGCCAGGCUGCACAUGCGGGUGGUGACACUCGUGGAGCACCCAUUUGUCUUCACCCGAGAUGUGGACGGGGACGGACUGUGUCCCGCGGGCCAGCUGUGCCUCGAUCCGCUCACUAAUGAAACGUCCGUUUUGAAAGGACUUUUCCAGAACCUUGCGGGACACAAUGGAUCUGUUCCCACUGACUUGAAGAAGUGUUGUUACGGAUACUGCAUCGACCUGCUGGAGAAGCUGGCCGAGGACAUGGGCUUCACCUUUGACCUCUAUAUUGUCGGCGAUGGGAAAUACGGCGGGUUCAAGAAUGGUCGCUGGACAGGAUUGGUGGGGGACUUGCUCAGCGGAGCUGCCCACUUAGCGGUGACAUCUUUUAGCAUUAAUUCGGCCAGGAGCCAAGUCAUCGACUUCACCUCGCCCUUCUUCUCCACCAGCCUGGGGAUUCUGGUUCGCACCCGUGACACCGCCGCACCCAUCGGGGCCUUCAUGUGGCCGCUCCACUGGUCCAUGUGGCUCGGCAUCUUCGUCUCACUCCACGUCACCGCCAUCUUCCUCACCCUCUACGAGUGGCACAGCCCGUUUGGCAUGACGCCGCGCGGGCGCAACCGCGACCGGGUUUUCUCCUUCUCGUCGGCGCUCAACGUUUGCUAUGCCAUCCUCUUCGGGAGGACAGUGGCCAUCAAGACGCCCAAGUGCUGGACGGGUCGUCUGCUGAUGAACCUGUGGGCCAUCUUCUGCCUCUUCUGCCUGUCUACCUACACCGCUAACCUCGCUGCCGUUAUGGUCGGGGAGAAGACCUACGAGCAACUUUCUGGGAUUCAUGACCCAAAGUUGCACCAUCCCUCUCAGGGAUUCCGAUUUGCCACAGUGAAAGAAAGCAGCGCAGAAGACUACGUCAGGAACAGUUUCCCCGAGAUGCAUGAAUACAUGAGGAGAUACAACGUCCCGGCAACACCAGAUGGCAUUCAUCAUCUCAAGGCUGACCCUCAGAGACUGGACGCAUUCAUCAUGGACAAAGCCCUGCUGGACUACGAGGUCUCCAUCGACGCCGACUGUAAAACUCUGACCGUUGGAAAACCCUUUGCAAUAGAAGGCUACGGCAUUGGCCUCCCGCAGAACUCGCCGCUCACCUCCAACUUCUCCGAGCUUGUUAGCCAGUACAAGUCAGACGGCUUCAUGGACAUGCUGCACGACAAAUGGUACAAGGUCGUGCCCUGCGGGAAGCGCAGCUUCGCUGUGACCGAGACGCUGCAGAUGGGCAUCAAACAUUUCUCGGGUCUGUUUGUGAUGCUGUGUGUGGGCGUGGCCUUGUCUCUGUUGACCACCAUAGCCGAACACAUCGUGUACAAGCUCGUCAUCCCGAGAGUCAAAGAGCCGCGCUACAAAUACUGGCUGCACACGAGUCAGAGAUUACACCGAGCGCUCAACUCAGUCUUCACUGAUGACAAACUGCCAACUGUUACCAAACCGGAGAAAAGGUGCAACGAGGGGAACAACCAGUCCGCGUCAUGGAAUCCGGCCGGGUCCUCGCACUGCAACAGGCGGAGGUUCCUUCCGCAGGAGAUGCAGAACGACCUGGAACGUCCGUCACAGGAUCCUCCUCCUCCUACUUCGUCUUCUUCGUCUUCUUCUAACCCGUCCGCCCUGCCUCACACGCAUUCUCUCCCCCUUCUGGGGAAACACAUGCCCGUAGUGACCGCGUCUAACGGCCGCUCUGACCUGUUAGGACGGGUUCUGAGCCAGGGACACGUGCCGGGGCCGGGGGCCUCGACACAGUGCCGGGGUUUGGCCGCGGGCGACUGCGGCCGCAACCCCAUGAUGCAGGAGCUGUCAGAACUGGAGAGUCAAAUCCAAAUCAUCAAGCAGCAGCUCCAGACGGCGAUGAGGAGGAAGAGGGAGAUAGAACAGUACCAAUCGGAAAACCAGACGGCGAACCAGACUGCGCCCAGCCAAGUCACAGCGCUCCAGUCCAACCAGUUCACUCAGUUCACGCAGGCCCACCAACAGACUAACCAGCACACAAACACACUCCCGGAGUUCUGAAAGCGCCGCUCUUUUGUUUUGUUGCCUGGAGAAACCUGGUUUGACAUCAGACCAGAUUCCAGAACCUAGGAAAAGGGAUACUCACCUGGAAGAGUUCUGGAAGCGAAAUCCUCCUUAAGGCUCGGGAGGGCUGGACUGAGAUGUUCCACUUUCCAGAUGUGCUGGACGUGAGGCACUGAACCAAAGGUGGAACCAGGGAUCCUGAACCAAACCUGAUCUCACUAGCUUGUUGCUGUUGCUGAAGAGGUGUGCGACCCCCCCUCAUCCUCGUCACGUCCCCCUCCAUUCUUUCUUCUCUCUCUCAUCUCCUCCUUCAACCCUCUCUCGCCUCCUCAAGGGCACACGGAUCUGCUUGCCAUGACCUCGAUCACACGUGUGAAGACUCCUCGGUAUUUAAGCUUAAUGGACUAAUUCACCUCUUGAGUCUUACGUUGAGAUUCACCGAGGGUGUGAAGUGACCUCUUUGAAGUCUUUCUGUCCUCGUGUCUUGCUGAAAACCCUCAUGUCUUUGGAGGUGAAGAAGAAGAAGAACUGCUGGUGACGCUGAUGAUUUUUACCCUUGAUAAUUAAAUGUUUUCGGGCCUUUGACAGUUGAGUGUUUGGCUGUUUUUCCUGGUUGACUGGCUUGUAGAAGAUAAUGACGUUAUGACCAACACCUGGUCAGCAUCUGGUGGUGGAUUUGAUCACUUUAAUGCACUUCUGUACCUACAAGUCAUCCUUUACCUUGUCAGAGUUUGAGUUCUGGUCCAGUUUUUUGGUUUUUGUAUCUAUAUGUAAAGGCUUCAGGGUUAUAAACAACACUCAAAUCUGAAGAAGUCAAAUGGCUUCUUUCUAACUUAUGUUAGAACGUUUUCUAGUCAGGGACCAAAACCAACACCUUUAGACCCCUUCUCUUAAUCUGAUACACAACCCAACACACUUGGGAUUACCAGUAAAUUAACCAUAUGGUCCUUUCCUCAAAGGGCAACACAAAUACCGUCUGACAUGUUAGUGAAUUAGAAAAGAAAGAAAGAAAAAACCUGAAUACACUGAAGCAGGCCCCGCUGUGCUGAGACCUUGUUCUCCUUAUUUCUUCUGUUUGGGUUUAAUGUGUUCUGUUAUUAAAGAUUACCUCUCUUAUUUGCACUUA